GCAGGCCGCGGCGGGCGGGCUCCGGAUCGGGUCAGUGGCUGGGGCUGGUCGCUGCCAUGGGCCAGGGUCGCGGCCCCCGGGAGACACCUCCCGUGCGUGCCUGGCGCUUGUUGCGCCCUGCGUUCCUCGAGAGUCAGCGGGUGCAGGUCGGGCCCAGUUCAUGGUUCUCCAGAAUGACAGCUCCCAAGAUGGACGUAGUCCAAGUAGUUGGACCAACAACCAUUAAGACUGUUGGAGAAGCCCAGCUCUGGGUCCAUCGUUAUGAGCUGUGAACAGGAUGUGAAAUGGGCUGACCCGUAAGCCCUGCCUCCCAGCACCCAGCCUGCCUGCUAGGAUGUUCCUCAUGAACGCCCCUCCAGUGGUGGCGCUCCAGUCCAGAUGGGAGGCCUUUGGCCAACCCAGGAGCUUCUGCUUUCCUGACUGCUUCUCAGAGUCUAAAGAGGAUACCUCCAGGGCCUCAGUGAGCGCCAGGGUACAGAUGCUCAUCAGCACGCUGCAGAGAGACAAGGCUGCCCUGGGCAUGAGCCAUGAGCGUGUCCCACAGAGAGGCCAACGUGCAGAGAGGUGCCGGGACACCAGACUGGCCCCCAGACCUGCUGUGUGCAAAGAGCAGUCAGAGUUCCCUGCCUGUGGUCUUGUUGCAGACUGCAAACCCCUAGAGAAAGAUGAAGCUGGGAGACAGGGUCCCUUGGAGCUGGACUCUGACAGUGAUGACUCCGUGGACCGGGACAUCGAGGAGGCUAUCCAAGAGUACCUGAAGGCAAAGGGUGGGACUUCUGAGCCUAUGUCCCGAGGAGCCCCCUGUGUCCCAGAGCCUUCCCACAGCUGUACCCUACCGAUCCCAUACCCCUCACAAAUCAUUCCUGGCUCAGGUAGUGUUCCUGUGGGAGCCAGUGAGGACCAGGGCUCCACCUCCCCAGCUAGCAUGAGCAGCGAAGACUCAUUUGAACAGAGCAUCCAAGCUGAAAUAGAACAGUUUCUUAAUGAGAAAAGACAGCAAGAAAACCCAAAGUGUGAUGGGCCUCUGGAUAAAAAAUCGGACCCAAACGGAAGCCCUGCCAGACAUAGAGGGAACCGAGAGACCUCAACCAGGGCAGCUCUGAUAGGAACCUGUAAGGAGUUCAUCUUCCGCAAACCUCCCAGGUUAACAAAGAUGAGCACACAGCCCAGAAACUUCCGGUCUAAGGUCACCACAGAGCCUGAGACCCCGGUGAAUACAAGGCUAACUGCCCACAGACCUGAGGCUGCGCAGAACAGGGGUGGAGUGAGGAGGAGCAUGCCUGCCAGGCGCAGCAAGCGCAUCAGGAACUCAGCCCCAGUGCACCAGGCCUCUGACUCCAGCAGCGAUGAUGGCAUCGAGGAGGCCAUCCAGUUGUACCAGCUAGAGAAGACCAGGAAUGAGGCCAGUGGGGAGCCACCUCUGAGAGCCCAGCUCAAAGAGGAGAGCCCUGGCAGUGCUCAGUCUAGUGCCUUGCCUGAAGCCCACAGGAGACCCCCAAGCAAGAAAAAGCUAGCAGCCCCAAAGGUUAUAGACAGCACCCUGGGGGGUCUCCACCCUGAACCCCUCUCCAAGCUCCUAAAGGAUGCGAGAGCCUCUGUACCGCCAGGACACACUGCCGCCAAGAGUGAAGCUGUGCACCAGACUUCAAAAUGCCUAGCAGACACAUCCACCGAGCUGAUGUGUGCAGAAGCAAUCCUGGACAUUUCCAAGACCAUUCUGCCAGUCCCCAUGGAAGGCAGUGACCGGCCUCCAUCCGUGAACCCACUCUUCUGUCCCCCACCCGCCCCUCCCCGCUCUGAAGGUGAUAGCAGCAACGUUGACAGUGACGACAGCAUAGAGCAGGAGAUCCGGACAUUUUUGGCCCUCAAGGCACAAGUAGGGAGUCCACAGCCAGCCCAGGGCCCCCUGUCCCCAUCCGGCCCCAGUGGCCAGACUGGCAUCCCCAAGGCUAAAACACCAGAUCUUCCCCUGGGCUGCAAACGGAAACGGAGAGGUGGAGGCAACACUACCAUGCCCAAGAAAAUGAGGGAGGGUAGAGAAAGUGCCCAGGACAGUGACCUCAUCCAGGCGAAGGGCCAGCCUGGCCAUGACGGUUGGGACCCUCCCAGCCAGAGCAAAGUCACAGAGGCCCCGGGAGGGGAGACUGAGGCCAAGGACCAGUCUGUCCCUUCCAGGACAGCUGGGUUCAGUGAUGCACAGCUGUCACAAGGCCAUGGGGGUCUCGGGAAAGCAGCCGAGGGGAAGGGUGCUGGUGAGAAAGAGAGCUCCGAGGACAAGAGCAGCUCUCUGGACAGCGAUGAGGACCUGGACAUGGCCAUCAAGGACUUGUUAAGAUCCAAGCGAAAGUCCAAGAAGAGGUGCCGAGACCCCCGAGCUGCGUGUAAGAAGGUCAGGUUUGGCACCACAGAGACUCGGUGUGGAGAGAAGCUGAGCAGCCUCCCUGGGGACUGGAAGGACCAUGGGCAGCAGGCACUACGGAGCUGUCUGUCCAAGUGCAGAGGGGACAACAAAGAUGGCCCCGGAAGAAGCCCAAUAAGCAUCUUCAGCAGCAUAGCCGAGAGGGCGAAGCUGGCUGGCACAGGGGGUGAGGAUGCUGCCCUGGUCUUGCCUCCCAGGAAGAAGAGUCCAAAAGGGACUCCUCCCUCUAAGGACACAGGAGCCAGUGGCCACCUCCCUUCUGCCUCCAGCCCCCUGUCUGAGGACAGCUCAGUGGACAGUGAUGACAGCAUCGAACUGGAGAUCAGAAGGUUUUUGGCAGAAAAGGCCAAAGAGUCUGUCCGCAGCUCAGAAUCUCAAGGAGGCCCUGCCAAGCAAGAGAUGCCCUGCAGAAAAGAGCCAACCCCAACACUGCAGCCAGGAGUGUGCACACGGAGCCAAAAAGCCAGGGGAGCCCCUCAGCUGGCCGAAGGAAGGAGAGGCCCAGAGAGAGCUCGGACACAGGCAGCGAGCCUCUUAAGCCAGACUGGGAGGGGCACUCCCCGUGCUGAGCGGGCCGCUCGUGUUCCCACUGCCCUGGGUCGAAGCGAGCCAGCACCUCCCAAGAACACCAGCAGGAACAACUCUGUCAAAGUGUCUCCACCAAGCAGGAAAAGUGCCAGCAUUCACAAAGACCAGAGCCCACGGGGAACCCAGACUGCCAUGGCAGAAAGUGUUUUCGGUCAGCUGCCCAGUUGUGCCAAACUGGGUACGGAGGCUGGAAGUGCUGGGGGGACAUUUCACCUGAACUAUGGCAGUCAGAACUUGCUGACCCCCAAUCCUGGACCACAGACUGACCUCACCCUGCCCUGGAGUGACUUUGCACACCAGAACAGGCUGUCCAGCCCAUGGGCACUGAAUUCCGGACAAGGCACACUGUGGACAGGGGUCUUUGGGGGUGAGAAAGAAAAGGGGGCCACCUCACAGGCUGGGGGCUCACCCAGCCUCUCCUCGGGCCCCAGGAAGGGCCUGCCUUUCCUCUCUACCCAGCUCUUCCACUUCGGGAAGAGUGUCUCCUGGGGAGGCAAACAGGCUGGCCUCUUCAGCCCCAACCUGGGCCUGCCCCUUCAGGGUCCAGCAUUCUCGGCCUUCAGGGAGACCCAGUCUGGUCACAGCCCUGUGUUUGGAAGCCCACACGUGCUUAUGAAGGACAGUGGACACUGGCCAAGCCUGAAGGCCCAGGGGACCCUGAGACAGCAGGACAGGAGGAAUUCUGGCUCUGAAGACAAUGUCCUAGACCUGAGAUACCGACACAGAGUUGACAGGGAACACCAGGACCAGGAGGCCUUGGGUAGUGAUGCCAGCGAAUUCAGUGACACCUCUGUGGAAGAUGGGGGCAGCACCACAGUGAGCAGCAAAGGCCUCAAGUUGUGACAGGCAUGCCCUGGUUCUCUUGCCAUAGCUGUGAGAAUCUGUGUGUGUGUGUGUGUGUGUGUGUGUGUGUGUGUGUGUGUGUAUGUUUGUUGGCAACAUGAGGUUGGUUGGGGUAGGGGAUACUGACCAUUAAAGAGCAAAAAGAAGGUCCCUUCUGUUCUGUGUAGCCCCCUGUAUAAAUAUGUACACUAACCUCAAAUGACGUUUUUAUUUAAUGUAUGUGUCCUGGUACAUAAGGUUUUUGUAGGGUUUUUUUUGUAAAUUAUUUAAAGUAGUGUAAGAAACACUUUUUGAAAAUGUCAUUCAGUCUUGCAGGGUGUUCCUAGCUGCAAUAUUCUGUGGUCUCCAUGCAUGUGUGUAGAUGAGCAAACAUUUGGCUCUUACUGUCCCUGUGAGGGUCAGAGACAGAGGCUGGAUUUGUGGGCCAUUUGCUGGUGCAAAUAGUCAGGCCUGGAGACAGCAGCAGCUGUCCACCUCGGAAGUGCUAAUAUAGCUGAGGUGUGUCCGGAUGCCAGUAGGACAAGGGUGCUUCAUGAAGUACUCUGGUCCCUGGCCAGUGGCUGUCUCUGUAUCCUGUAGUCAUGGCCUGUAAUUAGAAAACAGUUCAAAGCACAACAGCCAGCAGAUAGCGGACCAGUCAUCCCCUGUCUAGUGUGGGAAUCUGGCUGCUGGCUCUGCCGCUCAGCCGAGCCCAGAUCAUCCAGUAUCUAGUUGUUUGCCCAUCCUAGCAUCCGUAUAAACCUCUUUAUACAGGAGCUACAGGUUUGUUUUUAUUUGUGGCUCUAAAAGGCGAUUCCACGUAUUUGUUUUGACUGUCCUGCUCCUAAUCUAUGUAUGGGUGAGUAGUGAGGCCAUGAGAUGGCUUGGUCCCUGAACACCUUAGUCACCUGUGAUGGUGAACCCCAGCCCUGGAAACAUUGGGGACAAACCCUUCCCACACCAGCCCUGUAGGACUCAAAGCCCAGUUGUAUAUGACCAAUGAUAACACCAGCAACCUGCAUGGCUUUCUGCAACCCUGCCUCUACCCACAAGAAAGAAGGGCCUGGCCAGUGCUGCAGCCAGACUGCAGGCAGCAGCCUGGGGUCCUGGAAGUUAGAGUGGUACCGCCUUGGUGCUGAGGUGCCAGUGACAACUGGGGGCCGAAGUUGUGCUGGACCCCCAAUGCGAGGACUGUGUCUGUGUUGUGAUUCAUCUCCCUGUCACCCCUGAGUUCUGCAGCUUAGUAUCCUGGGUUGCUGUGGCUCUACAUUGUGGCUGAUUCUGUUGGUGUUCUAACUUCCUAACAUGGAGGUAAGCUUUCUACUUUAUGCACCUGGGUCUUAACUGCAAUUCACUUCCGUGCCCAGAUGCAGAUGCCCCUACCAUCCUCUGUGUCUGCCUUGUGAUGUGCACAGGGCCCUGUGGCUCGGUCUUGCCCCUGAACAAUCUUGAUCUGUAUAUAAUAAAUUCCAUGUGCAUAUUAUAUUUGUUCAUGUGUUUCUGGGAGAAACGGCCUUGUGUCAUCUGUGUUCCCACUUUAAAUUUUAAAGAGUGCUUCUAACCCUUGAAAACAAAAAGGUUGUUUUGUAUGUAAAACCCAUUGGGUUUCUGUUUUUGUUUUUCUAAUGAAUAAACCAAGUGCUAUCCACA